AUGCCAUAAAAGUCACCCAGUUUCGUACCAUUCUGAUGAAGCUGUGAUUUUUAAUAAUAAUUAAAAACAGAAAAUGUUUCGGUCAAAAGUGACCGAAGAGCACCAGAGAGUUUCUUCUACUGGUUUUAUUUCUUCAACAGUUUUAAGUUUAAAGCACUUUCGUGUUAUAUAGCUACAGGCCAUUUCACAUUUAUUUUCACUGUGCCUAUAUUAAUACUUUUCAGUCUUUUAAUCCAUAUAAUUUGUGCUGUCAUUAAUAAUGUCUGUGCACUUAUAGCUGUACUUGUAACAGUAUAGAGAGAACACAAAGUAACCCCAGUUUUGCGUGGUCCGUAUCUGUUUGGUGACACAACAGGUAAAACCAGCGCUCUUGUGUGACAGCGAUCCGGGCGACCUGGGUUCGAUUCCAGCCCGUACUGGUUCCUGCAUUCAAUACACAUAUACAUCUGUUCCCACUGUCUCACUGAUGUUCACUGGAUAAGUAAGUUACGGGACCCAGGACGAGCUCUGGGACUGUGAAGCAUUAGGGGUGUUGAUGGACUUGAUCUACUCCAUCUGUGUUUUUAUCAUCGUUCUGAAUCUGAUCUGAAUGUAGUCUUUGCUGGCAGUGGCUGGGAACGUUUUUUAACAAAAUCAUCUCUGCUGUAUCUAAAUGUGCCAUAUAAAUAAAGUUUACUUACUGAGAUAAAAUGAUCUAGCAGUUAGCAUACCACUCAUACUAUAUAAACUGAGCCACAGUCAUUUUUAAAUCACAUGAUGAUAGAGAAAUAAUCACAGUCUACCAAACAAUGACAAAAAUGCAGGAAGAAUGACAAGACAGGAAUUUGCCAAAUACGGAGGAGAACUCGGGGGCGUUUCCAGUUUGGAUGACUUCACUAGGGAGGUCAUCAAUUUAUCUUUAAAUACCUGGGAGAACAAGAGUUACAUUAGAUGCUGCUUCGCAAACCACCUGAAGUGAUCCAGAAGCCUUGCUGAUAUUGCUUUGAUUGAAAAACUUUGGGUUUAACACUGUAACUUAAACAUUUCUACUGCUAGAGAAAGAAAUUUUAAUCAGUAUUUUUAUAACAAAAUUUUCCUCCUGUGGCAUUAAUUUAAGAUAACAAGAAAAACCACGAAGGAGUCUUCUGCACCAGACUGGUCCUAAUAUAAAGAAAAAUGUGGAGUGACCUCUUCUACCCUGAUAAUCCUAAGAGAAGGGAGGAGCUCAUCUGCAAAAGUCAAGAGUUUCAAGAUCUGAUGAAGAGCAACUUCCGAGCCACCAACCAACUAAUUGAUGUUAUGAACAAGCACUUGAGCUGCUCCUUCCAACAUAUCACACUGAACGAGGAUGCUUCUCUCCAGGAGAACUGUAAUGUGAUGAUUGAAUGCAUUCAUAAGAUCCAGGCAGUGGUAGAGAAGAUUGACAAGGAGCUGAAGGAGAAGCUGGAACCCACCCUGUAUGAGAAGCUGCUAAGCCUAUCUCUGACUCCAGAAGAAUUUAAAAGCAUUUCAAAAGCUAUUUCAGCAGUUUGUGGUGUUCAAAGUAUUCAAGCUACUACUAUAAUUAGUAUAUUAAUUAAUGCUGGAGAUAUUCUGGUAAAUUUAGUAAGUCAGAUUGGUAAAUUUGGAGCAGGGACAUUUGCCUGUGUUGGGUUGGCAGUGGUGUUCAUGGGGAUUGACAUGAUUGUUGAGGCCAUUCUUGGGAGCAUUGAGCGUGAUAAACUUGAGAAGGCCCUGAAAGAGUAUGACGAAGCUUUGACUGAAUUCGAACCAGCGUCUGAAAAAUAUCAGGAUAACAUUACCUACGUCAGGAUCAAAAUUGAGGAAAUUAAGAAAUAAGACAAAUGUUUUCUUUCUCCUGCCUGAAAUGUUUGCUGGAAUUAUAAACUAAUUAUUGUUAUUACAUCUUUGUGCUUAAAACCAUGCAGAAAUAUAUGGAAAUUCAGUGGUGGACAGUAACAAAGUAUUUUUACUUCGUUACUGUACUUAAGUACAUUAUUCAAGUAUCUGUACUUUACUUGAGUAUUUUUAUUUUGAGCAACUUUUACUUUUACUUCACUACAUUCCAAAGCAUAGGAUCGUACUUUUUACUCCACUACAUUUCAUAAAACAUAUCGUUACUCCUUAUUUCAAAAUGAAGAAAUCGGCACAUGCUCAGAGAUGCAAAAGCGGUGUCCGAUUCGUGCACAAGCUGAUUCUUUUCAGUCAUCCUGUUAAAUCGGUUCACAAAUCACAUCAACAAUUCAUUCGUGAAUUGGACUGAUCGCAUUGCAGCUGUUCUUGAGUCAACAAAUCACUGAUUCAAUGAUCCGCUCAGAGCGAGUUUCCAGUGAAUGAAUUUACAAGUCUGACUGAAAAUUAGCCAAGAACUGGGGGAUCCUCUGAGUGCGUGCGACUGAUGGCGAAAAGUAAGUCAGCCUACUAAUGUUAAAUUUUAGGAUGAAUUAUUGUAAUUCAUAUUUAGGUCAGUUGUUUUCUUUACUAAAUCUGCUGUAAAGGGCGAUCUGUUUAAGCCCACUGAAAUGAUUUAAUGUGACACGUCCACAUCAAAGGGUCACCGUGAUUUUGCCAAGUAAGACAUGUUCCUGGAUCAACAUAUAUAUAUAUUUUUUUUUUUUAUGAUUUAUUUAUACACUUUAAACAUUACAAAAACAUACAAAAAAAAACAGAAACAGGGGAUAAUACACAAUAAAACAUUACAGUAAGAAGAUAUACUGAGGAUUCUUUUCCCCUCAAAAAAUAAAUAAAUAAAUAAAUAAAAUACCGUACAAUCAUGCAUACAGUAAGUACAGCAGUGUAGUGGCCAGGCAAUACAAGAUUAGUAUCAACAUCUAGACUGGUAAUAGAUGCGGGGGGAGAAAAGGGGAUCACACACAAAGUGCAGGGUCAAGCUGGAGAGUUUUAAUAUGUUCACGAAGGGGCUGCCAAAGCUUAAUGAAAAUGGUGCUAGGUCAGUGAAGAGAAUACCUAAUUUUCUCUAGUUUCAUAAAAUAAAGACCAUCUCUUAUCCAGCGAGUGUAAGAUGGAGGGUGAGGGCUUUUCCAAUUUAAUAGAAUUAAACGCCUAGCUAAAAGAGUCAGAAAGGCUACAAAAUCUGAAAAGUGAGAAGGCAAAGUAUCAACAUAUUUUGUUGAUCCUGGAACAAUAUUCCAGACUGAAAAUUUAGUUUUAACCCAAUUCCUACCCCUAAACCUAUCCCCACCCAUAACUUAUCCCUAAAAUCAGAGGGGAAAGAUAUGUGAAUAUCAUUGAUGUAGAAGCACCUAACCUGGUUGCAAGCCUAAACAUGUCUCAAAUCUGAUUGGUUGAUUGGAAUGUUGUUUCAGGAUCAACAAAGAUGUUGAUCCAGGAACAUGUCUUACUUGUCUACAGAUCGCAAUCUCGGAGGCGCCAAAAUGACAUAAAAAGUAUUUGACAUUGAAUGAUUCAUUCAAAAGAUUUGUUCAAAAACAUUGAUUCAUCCAGUCAUAAAACAAGUAAAGUAGUGAGUCAUUAAAUCAUUCAUUCAAACCCAUUUUUUAAAAUUAAUUAAUUAAAUAUUUUUAUACUGCAACAAUUAAUAUUUUGUCCUCUAGUAAAUAAUUAUCCGCAGUUUUGUUUAGUUGUCUAUUCAGAAUCAUGGGAGAAUCAUGAUUUCAUCAUAUCAUUUCUAUUUGAAAGAAACAAAUAAAAAUCUUG